AUGAAGGUCUCCGCCGUUCUCAUGUUCACCGCCGCCUCGGCCGUCCUCGCUGCUCCCGUCGCAGAGGCCGCCCCUGUUGCAGAGGCUGCCCCUGACGGGUACGCCACCUACGGAGACUACAACUACAAGGAGUACGGAAGCUACGGCACCUACGACAACACUCCCGCCCCUCCGGCCCCUACACCCGCUCCCGGCUCAUACAGCCCCUACGCCUCCUACGGCACGUAUAGGCGCACCGUCGAUUGGUUCAAGAGCCUCUUCCAGUAG